CUACGCGGUCAUCCCGGGGUUGGGCAAUUGCUUUGAUUCUCCAGAUAAAUGUCCUGACCUUUAAGGGGCAGUGAGGGACACUCAGCCAACAAAUAAGAUAUCCAGUGCCUGCCUACUAUGCUCCAGGUCCGGACCCUAUUUGUCAGUGGUCUGCCCCUGGACAUCAAACCCCGGGAGCUCUACCUGCUCUUCAGACCAUUCAAGGGCUAUGAAGGUUCUCUUAUAAAGCUCACAUCUAAACAGCCUGUAGGUUUUGUCAGUUUCGACAGUCGCUCAGAAGCAGAGGCCGCAAAGAAUGCUUUGAACGGCAUACGCUUCGAUCCUGAAAUCCCGCAAACACUACGACUAGAGUUUGCUAAGGCAAACACGAAGAUGGCCAAGAACAAACUCGUAGGGACUCCAAACCCCAGUACUCCUUUGCCCAACACUGUACCUCAGUUCAUUGCCAGAGAGCCAUAUGCGCUGGCUCCCUCCCUCCGAGGCUACUUCUCAGGGUUGGAAGUCCAGACAGUUCUGCUGAAGGCUGUGUUUGAAAAUGCCUUGCCCAGUUUUGAUCCCUUCAAGACUUUGCCACAGCCUCUAUCACACAUCUGUUUCCUCAAAGAAAAAAACAUAUAUAAUAAAAUGUGUUUUACUCUUUUACACUGUAUAAUUUUAAGAAAUACGUGUUAUUUGUGAAUGCAUGGUCUGACACUGCUGUACAGUUUGGAGGCAUCCUUGAAUAGAACAAAGACAACAGUAAAGCCAAAACGGUUAGUAUUUUUCUAACAGACAUUUUAAGAAUGGAGGGAUGAAUUCUUACACUAGGUUAGCUCACUUCUGCGCUUCAGUUUUGAAUGCUUUUAAUGACAAAUAUCAUGUUUUUUCUCCUAAUAAGCUGCAUGUUUGAGGCAUGUCUCUGAAUAGCAUCAGAACUUACACAAUUGUGUUGUGAAUGUGUGGACUCCAUCUGCCAGAGUCAGGGCACAUUAGUAACAUGGUGUAGAAAUGAACUCUGCAAGACAAAGCCCCCAGGAGAUCUGCCAUCCUAGUGUAUGCACAACUGGGCAAAGACUACUACUUAGGUCAUGUCUCCUGAGCACAGUGUACCAUCUGAAAAUCAUGGUGGCUCUGGGCGCAACGAUACAAACUGUGCCAAGUGAGGUAUUGCCAUUUUAUACUUGUAUUCAUUAUGUUCUUACAUUUAUGAUAGCACCUCAAAGUGUAUGACCUAAUAUAUCACUCACCUUCCAUAAGUUGUUCUCAUGUCCCCAGUGGAACCACUAAGUGGAGGACUUUGGUUUGAACCUCUGAGGCCAACGUGGCCUCGGGAGAGGCAGGCUGCCCAACCAGCUUGCUUGGCAACAAAGGCAUCACAUCUUCAGCAAAAUCUGCACAGCACAGGCCUACAUGAGCUGGUGUUCUAAAGCCUGGCAGCCAUCCAUAAUGUUCUCCCGAAUACUGUGUGCUCGAGCAGUUUGAGCCUAUCCACAACAUUUUGCACUGGGUGGGACAAGUUACCAUGGCCGUCUACAAGGAAUGCUGUGUACCUUUGCUGGAAGACUUCUUAACCCAAAGUUAGACUUGUGUUGCAGACCAACAGGUUUCCAGAGGCUUUUCAGACAAGAGCCAUGUACUUGUCUGAGUACUCUAUUGCCCUCAGAGUUGCCUGCUGCUGAUAUAGCUAGACAUAGUUACAACCUUUGUAACUUUGUUACUGCUCUGCUUGUAUUGUCUUGAAAACAUGUUUUAAUGAUUAUAUCAUUGGUUGGGGGGAAUUAUUUUUCAUUAGAAUCAAUAAUGUCAAGUUUUUAUAGUUUACUAAAAAAAGAAAAAGAAACACCAAGGCCUGGAGUAAGGUCCUUUCACUAAAACUAGAGGAAAGGGUGCAGGCAGCACCUGGGGACUUAAGACAUCCACAUUAGUGUUUAGGACCACUCAUGCCCUCCUCUACUUGAUUUAAAAAGAGAGAGCCACUUCACCAUCAACUAUGCUUUUAUAAAUUGUGUAAAGGUACUUUUCUAUUGUCGUUUUUUUAAAAAAAAAUAAUAAAGUUUAUUCCAGCUAUUA